GGUCAAGUGAAAAUGAGGUUUAACAAACAGGAGUUGAUGACUCUGGCUACCCAGCCAUCGCAAAAAUUCGAAAAAGAGGGAAUUUUGUGCAUUAAAGAACGCCAGGAGGGAUUUUUUCGUAGGACUGAGAGUACGGGUAAAAAACUAGAGCGCAAAAGACAAAAAGGAAAAACCCAUAAGACUCUUCGAAACCUCAGUUGUGUUUCAGCCAGCACAAGCAAAGUCAGUCUCGAGCGUUGGUGUCGUCUACGUGGCAAUCUUCUAUUUUAUUUCAAGUCAAAGGAACAAUGGUCCGAGCCGAUGGGAGUUAUUAUUCUAGAACAAUGUUCUUAUCGCAUUGAUCCGCCAACUAGUCAGAUACCUUAUGGUUUUAGUAUAGUGUUUGAAGGCGGGCUGUACCAGCAGUUAGGUGCGAAUUCAUCAGAAGAGCGUGACGCUUGGCUCCAAGCACUCCAAUUGGCGAGUUACGAGUUUAUGAGAAACCAACUUCUGGCACUACGGGAGAGAAUUGAGUCAUCUUCAGGUCACAAGAAUGACACCGACAUCCAUAUGCUGAGACUACAACGAGGAAUAGAAACUGAUCCUGCAGAAAUACCAGUUUGCGAGAUAUCACUGUCCUGCGAUAACUUACUAUGUGACGGACACGGGCGUCCACCGAACCCAGUCCUCGAGAUAGACGUCCAGGUAGCCAAGUCUCUAACCUGGAUAAAGUACGCGCGCACUGAAGUCGUUGAGAGAAGCAGUAAUCCAGGUUUUUUGACAACCGUGAGCUUCCGACCCAGCGAUGGGUUGAAUACAGACACCAAGGUGAAGAUAACGGCCUACGAUGUCCGCGAGAGGGUCAGCCAAACUGCUACGCCGAUUGGGAGUGCUUGUGUCACGUUCAGCGAGGUACAAGACACCCCCAGACUGAGGAUACCCUUGAAGUCCGCGAAGACCACGACAGUCGGGUUUCUGACGAUAAAUGUAUGGAGUUUGGAGGCCGAUGACAAGGGGAAUAGCACUGAAAGCACUCCGUCGAGAAACAUUCCAAGUACAAAUAACCCGGGUUACUGUCAUCGCCGCUCACAGUCGUUACCCCCGAGGCUAGGCACCAAAAUGAAGUUACCUCAUCAGGGACAGUUGAAACUGCUCUUUGCGAACCCUUACGUCCAGACUUACAGGUUCCACUCUGGUCUCGGGGGAGAUAUUUGCGUCCAUGAAAUUAUGGCGGAGAGUAAACUGUGCUUUGAAUUCCCCCAGCAGCUACUGGGAAUCUGGAUUCAAGAGGAGAAGGAGUUGCUGCAAGAGGUUGCGGGUAUGGGGGAGUUACGCGAGCCCUGGCACACCAAACAAGUAGAGCUACUCGAUCGACAUCUUCAUCUCCUGCAUCUGUACUCCCAAGCUAAGGAAAAUCUAGCAGCAUUCAAAGCCAGUUACUUUAAACGCUCGUCCCGUAAAAAUGAUCGUACUUUGGAGUUUGCGCCUCUUAAUCUUCAUCUCCAGCGAAUGUGGGUCCACAACGACACUUUAAAUAAAUGUGGAUUCUAUGAUUUUGUAAGUGUCGGUGCAUUUACCGCUCACUCUCAUAAAAGCAAGAACGGUGGAUUGUUGAGACUGGUCCAAGCAUUGAAAGAGUCCCCGACGAGGCACAGUCAACUGUACCAGGGCACCUCAAAAAUAACGAUGGCUCACGAUGCAAUACAAGCGAUUAAACAGCUGAGGAGAGACGUUGUUGAAGCUAUGAGAUCGUUAAUGAAGCUCGCCAAGGAAAAACAAACCAGCGGUAUGCUUCCCAUUUGCGAGGAUAUGAUUUCUAAAACCCGAAUACUGCUGAGUCUCUGGGAUCCAGGGCUCGUUGAAGAGGCCUUGACAUUUUUGGAGGAGUAUAAAGUAGCUAAAUUACCCGAGGAGACGAAAAAUCAUAAUGAGGAAAGCUUGACGCUGAGUUUACAUUGCAAUAAGUCGUUAUCGCCAUUUAAACGCAUUACUCAGCAGCUAAACUUUGAUCUUAAGAGCCCGGAUUUUGAUGAUCUCAUUACGCCAGAUACUCCUGAGUGUAUACAAGAUAUGUGGAGCAAAGAGAGUACUCGUACCAAGUACGCUGGGUCUAUUGGGUGUAGGAAUAACGAAAGUAAUAAUCCCGAUUACAAUAAUCAUGAGGCGAUUGCGACUAAUGAAAAUUUUGUGAUAUUUCCCGAGGUCGAAGAUGACUGUAAAAAUACUCUGGAUAAUGAGAAAGACACUGAGGAGGAAGAACCGGAUAAUAAUAUUAAUACUAAUGAACGUAGCAACGAUGCUGAUAGAGAAUGUUCUCCAAAAGUAGGUAAAGAAAUUGUCAGAGAAGAGGAAAAAGAACCAAAAGAAGAACUAGAAGAAGAAGAAGAAGAAGAGGAAGAAGAGGAUGGGCGUGCUAAUGGCGAGCUCGAUCUCAGCAAACGUUUUCUUGAUACUAAAAAAAUGUGCAAUUCACCUUCGGCAAAUUAUUACAAGCCGACAGACGAACCAGAGCCCUGGGAUUUAACGCAAUUGAAUAUUGAGGCGAGUGUUAUGUGUCUGGUGUCGAAAGUUAAAUUUCUCUGUGGACGCUGCAGCAGUCCAGCGGUGAGACUCCGUAAUAAAAAUGGAAUGCCGCGUACUCAACCGCUGAGAGCUUGUCUUCCAGCUAAUCGGGUCCCUUCCAACGUCGUCACUAUCCAGCCGAAGAACGACCUGAAGAGCGAGGAGUCCAGCAAACUUCUGGACAGUUCUAAUUCAUUGCAGCGGUUACCUUCUCAAGCCUCGGGUGCAGACGAAGCGACUGCUGGGUUUGCCAAAGCUAAGGACGUCUGUCAGGCGGUUGAUUCGAUGACCCGGGUGAUAAAAAAUUCCGGCCAGAGAAAUAAAUUCACAGAAGGUUUGGACUUUGCGUCAAUCGUUGACUGGACUAGCGAAUUGCGUCCCAGCAUGAAGAAACUCAGACAAGCGAUGGACGGGCUGUUGAAAACUGCUCGACUCACUCACUCGGUGUUCCGUGUUCAAGAAGACGCCAAGAUAGCACAACGCAGCUGCAAUGUCAGGUAUCGACGUGACGUUUGUUUCAGCCAGGCGCUGACAGCUCUUGUCACUGGGUUGAUGGCUAAACUCUGGUGCCAACGCCCGGAUCCACUUUUCCUUUUAAUUCUCACUACUCUGGGGCCAUUGGUAUCUUUCGAGGCACUUCUCAGCUACUACGGCGACGAGAUUGACAUGUGGGGCGACAUGGCUGUCGCUGUCGAAGAUCUUCACACAGUUACUUUUACUCUCACGAGGUGCGGAUUACCUCAUUCGAAAAUAGACGAUAAGAAUCUGGUGAAUCCGCAAUUGCCAAUGCCGAGAGUAGUCGGCUCCAGAGCUGCUCUUACGGUUAUACUUCCAGUUCCUGAUGGUAUUUACUCGCUGCUUCCAUUACCACAGUCUUCCCGGCAAACUCUUGCCUUCAAUAUUACUCCGGUUUUCUUCAACGUCGGUAUUAAUGAACUAGCGACGCUUGCCGAGAGUUUAGGUAACACUAAACCACAGGAAAAAAGUAAUAUUGACAACUUUGAUAGACUUAAUGAGUAUUAUUUGAGGUUUAAGAAACUUAAUCUUCCCAUGGAAACAAAUUCUUCACGACAUAUGAUGUCAGCUUUAAAGACGAGCGUACAUGCAAAGGUAUCAAAAAAUACAGAUAUACUGCAAUUGUCAUCACAGAUUUGUCGUCGUAUGAAAGGACUGAGGUUUACCAGCUGCAAAAGUGCCAAAGACAGAACUGGGAUGUCAAUUACCCUCGAGCAAGUUAACAUUCUUGCAACAGAGUAUCACCUGUCUGAAAACGAAUACGCUCGGGCAUUGGACUGUAUGCGUAGCGAGGGCUGCAGGCGUGAAAAUACCUGGAAAAAUAUUGGAAUAAGAAAAUAUGCGUUUAAUAGCAUACAAAUAAUGACUCUUCCAAAAGCUUAUCGUCCACCAACCGGUACCUACGGAUCGGCACAAACUUAA